AUGAGGUUCCUUUCCAUCGCUGUAGCUGUUCUACCCGCACUGGUCUCAGCCCAUACCAUUGCCCAACGUGUUCGAGUCAACGGUCAAGACUUUGGUCAAGGCAACGGUAUUCGCGUUGCUCCGUCCAACAACCCCAUCACCAACGUAAACGACGGAAACCUUGCCUGCAAUGCGAACCCCUCCUCCUCUAGCAAGGUCAUUGAUAUAAAGCCCGGAGACAAGGUCGGUGUCAUGUGGGGUCACGUCGUUGGCGGAGCACAAUUCGCAAACGACCCAGAUCACCCGAUUGCCAAAUCUCACAAGGGUCCCGCCAUCUUCUACAUGGCCAAGGUCUCCAACGCAGCCACUGUCUCCCCAUCUGGCCUGGCCUGGUUCAAAGUCUCUGAAGAUGGUCUCGAUAGCUCUGGCAACUGGGGUGUUGACCGUAUGCUCAACAACGGAGGAUGGACUGAGAUGACAAUGCCUUCUUGCGUCGCUCCUGGACAAUAUCUUCUCCGUGCUGAGAUGAUUGCUCUGCACAGUGCUAGCACGACUGGUGGUGCACAAUUCUAUGUGGGAUGCGCACAAAUCAACGUUUCAGGCUCUGGUUCGAAGGCAGGAAAUACAGUCGGCUUUCCGGGUGCUUACAGCGCAAAUGAUCCUGGUAUCAAACUUAGCAUCUACAAUGCUCAAGGUCAGCCCAAGGGCAACGGUACGCCGUACCAAAUUCCCGGACCUGCAAAGUUGCAGUGCUAG